AUGCAGUACAAGCUAUCGAGCUCUUCGCUGCUCGACGAGUCGCUCCUCGGGCAGCUCGUUGGCUUUGUCCACGCGCACCGGCCUACGACCCUCCUGGGCUAUGUCGUGCUCGCCAUCGGCACGCCCAUCGCGCUGCUCUCACUCUUCAUCGUCUACGCGCUCUCCCGGAUGCUCUACCGUACGACCAUCUACCACUACUACAUUUCUCCGCUUCGCCAUCUGCCCGGGCCCAAGCCCAAACCGAUCAUCGGCAACAUGGACGAGUUCGUCGGCAAACCCGGAGCGCGAGCGGAGAUCGACUGGGCGCGCGAGCACAUGAAGGACGGCGUCUACCGCUCGACCUUCCUGAUGGGUCGUGAGGCGGUGCACUUCCACCGCCCUAAGGCGCUGCGUAAGAUCCUCGUCGAAGACCCCUACAGCUAUCCGAAGCCGCCGCAGGCGUGGAAGCUGCUCGGUCUCAUCGCCGGAUACGGCCUCCUCACCGUCGAAGGUGACACCCACCGCAAGAUGCGCAAGACCAUGAACCCCGCCUUUUCGCUCACCAACCUCAUCGAGCAGUUCCCCGUCUACUAUGCAAAGAUCUAUCCCAUGGUGGAGAUCAUGAAGCAGAAGAUCGACGAGUCCGGCGAGACGAGUGCCAUCAUCGACUGUGAUUCGUGGGCCAACAAGGCUUUGCUCGACAUCAUCGCCCUGACCGCGUUCGGUUACGACGCAGAUUCGGUCAACAACCCGCAGAACGAGCUGGCCUCGGCGUACCAUGCCGUGACGAGCAUGCAGAACGGACGCAACCAGGCGAGGCUCAACAUUGUGCUCAACCUGCCCUUUGGCGAUACACUGUUGGACUUUGCCUCGGACGUGUAUGGGUGGGAUUGGUUCCUGAAGCGCUGCAAACCGGGCACUGUGGGGCAGACGAUCUUCCAGCUGCUCAACGGCAUGCAUCGCGUCAAGAACGUCUCCAAGGAGAUCCUGUACAAGCAGCUCAACUCGGGCGAACGCGCUUCGUCCGUGGGCACCUUCAAGGCGAUCAUCGAUAUUAUUGAGGAGACGCAUCUGUCGGAGAACGAUGGCAAACCGAAAAGCCUCAAGCAGGCGGAACGGGAUAUGAUCACUCAAGUGCUGACGUUCCUCGGUGCAGGUCACGAGACCACCGCCUCAGGUGUCUCGUGGACGCUCUGGAACCUCGCCUCUCACCCCGAGAUCCAGGACAAGCUGCGCAAAGAAUGCAAGGAGUUGAUGGACCAAGACGAGCGACCGCCCUAUUCGGCCAUCAAAGGGCUCGCCUACCUGGAUGCGGUGAUCAACGAGUCGAUGCGUGUCACCCCACCCGUUCCGCGCACCAUCCGCAUCGCCAACAAGGCAUCCACCAUUGACGGACUCUACGUCCCCAAAGGCACACUGCUGCCCAUCUCCAACCGCGCCAUCAACAUGGACCCCGAAGUCUGGGGUGAGGACGCAGAGGAAUUCAAACCCGAACGCUGGUUCAACCUCCCGGAAAAGUACGACAAGACGUUCUCCAUGAUCACCUUCAUCGCUGGCGCCCACGCGUGCAUCGGCAGGACCAUGAGUUAUCUGGAGAUGAAGGCCGUCAUCUGCAUCUUGGUGUCUAAUUUCAAGUUCGAGCCCGUGUCGAAGGAUCAGGAGCCCAUUAUGGAUACUCUGAUCACCAUGAAGCCGCAGGGCGGCCUCAAUCUUAGGGUGUCCAGGGUCUAG